AAUGUUGCUUCUUCAGUUGCCACCAUCUAGUUGACCAGUGCCAGUCUCGCCAACGCUUCAUAUACAGACGCACAUCUGGUCUACCUGGUCAAGAUCAGCUGUCGGGCGUGCGACUCAGAGCCUGUUGUCGAUCCGCAUUGCUCUUGUCCCCCGGUGCAUCGGAGGCGGCUCAACGCCGGAAGCACGUAGGACUGAGGGGAAGUCGGCUUUGCAGUUGCUUUGUCCAUUGAAGAGUUCGCCCGGACGGCCUAUUCUAAGUGUGCCUGCGACGUUUCUUUCGCCAUGUAUUGACGCUCAGUCUCGGGGCGAAUGUACCCCAUCUUCAGCGACUUUAGCACCGAAAUAGGGCUGAGAGAGUCACUGAGGCUGUCGCAGCCUGUCCAAUCGAUAAACCUCGCCCAUUAUGUCGAAUCGGAACAGUCUCAUGCUACGUCGCGAUGGUGAGCAAGGCGGCGGCAAGAGCGAUGGGGAUGCUCUCAAGGGAUGGGUCGGAGCUUUUGAGAGAGUGCUGGGUGAUCAAGCAGAAGCGCUCUCACGUGAACGCAGGCAGCAGCAACAGCAGAGCAAACAGGUGGCAAGCACUCGGUCCGCGAUAGCAGGGGAAACCCCUUCGUUGCUUCAAUCGCAAUCGCAUCUUCUUGCGGACGACUCACGGGUUUCCAAAGCAGAGCGGUCUACUCCCUCAGCCUCUCGCGCUUCUAGUGUUCACUCCAGCGCUAGCAUUCGCGCAGCAUCAGAGAGAGGCUCUCGUGGCGCAGAAUCUCACGAACUUGGAAGUGAUAGCGGUUACCUACUUCCAAGGGCCGCCCUUGCCUCACAUCCUGGAUCUGAGGCAGGCACUGACGCUUCUGAGCAAAGCGGUCUUGUAGGUGGUGCGAGGUCCAAUGCUUCUUAUUCGCUGCACCGAGCUGCGGCUCGCAAAGCCUUGUGUAAUGACUUGGCAUGUGCUGGCCAAGACUCCGGGGACGAACUCACGGCUCAGCUUGACACCACGACAUCAGGCCCCUCUCUCAUUACAUUGCUGGGUCCGCCUUACAUGGCUAUGGAAGAUCUCUAUCUUAACCAUGCGCCAGGGCUACAAAAGCUCAGCCUCUCAAACCUCACGCCAUCAAAAGUCCAGGUUCGUCUGGAUAGCGACAUGGGAGAUGCCUUGUCUUUCAUGCGGACAAAAGAUUUCUCCGAAGGUCAAGAAAUGGACAGGGUGCCUUGGCCAUCGAACAGCGUCGUAUGGGCCCGAGGCGAUGGUCUUUCUCCAGCGAAGCUUCGGGACAUGCGGCAGAUCUCUGCAAGUCUGGAAGAAGUCAGCAACAUCACCAUCGAAGGCUCGUCCUCGAUCGCGCUACUAGUUCUUUUCCGUCCGAAGCGCUUCCAACAGCAUUGCGAAGACAAGCAACGCCGCAGGCGCUCCACGCGUUUCGUGCCUUCCCCCCGCUCAGAGCCCGCAAAUGAUGAUGCUUGGCAAGUGCUCAGCAAUGGAUCGCAAGCAAAUUCGUCGUCCGCUUCGAGUCAGGCGUCGUAUCAGAGCUCCCCACGAACAACAGUCACAGAAUCUCGCUCACCGCCAUUCGAUGGACAUCUGUCGCCAACGCCUUUCAAAAAUAAGAGCAGCUCUCGCGUUUCGCUAGACUUCCACGAACUCCAGCACGUCAAUCAUCGAGUCAUCUCUCAAGGCACAUUGCUCCUGCAUGCAACCAAGCUUGAUGCAUCAGAAGCCCCGUUGCAAGACGAGUCAUCGCAAAGCAUUUCAGUCCCUUUCCGCGCUGCAUUUUGCAAGCCGCAGUUGGGCCUUCUUGCAGCUCCCGAUCAGCCAUUGAGAGACGGAGGUGCCGUCAUUCCGGAUGCGUCGGGCGCCAUGACGUUCCACUUUGGGGACCUCACUGUUGGCACAUGCGAACAAUUUCGUCUGUCUCUGCAGAACCUGAGUCAGAUCGAAUGCUGUUGGCAAGCAAGAUUAGAGGAUGCGGACAAUGUCUUAUCCAGCACGCCUCUUUCACUUAAGGGGUGUGGAGGCGACGAUAUUCAGAUGAUCAAUCAAUCGCGGGACAAGCUGUUCUGCCCAUAUUGGGUCCGGCCGUUUUCGUCUCAAGAAAUCAGCAUUCAGCUCGAUGCACGAGAAGCAUGCAGGCAAUUUCACCAGACCAUCACGCUGACCAACUUGCACGACACAUCUAACAAUUUUAAGCUUGUCAUCAGCGCAAAUAUUCUCGGCAUAGCCCGAGACAAAGAGCUGGACAUGUCGCCGGCCGAAGUGCUCGACUUCGGUGACUGCUGUGGCGGGCAAUGGACCAAGCAAAUCGUCGUGCUCAAGAAUCAGGGCGACAGCAUGUUGAAUCUCAGCUUCUCGGCUUCGAAGGAAGCAGAAGUCACCUUUGAGCUUGCCAAGGUGGUUGCCGAGUCUCAUUCCUUGUUCGAUUCAGAGCAUCUUCAGUCUGUGUCCACGUUGUCAUGCUCUGAACCGAACACUUCGGCAUCCGAAAAUGCAUCCAUCAGCGAGUAUUCGAGCAGAAGCGAAAAAGCCGCGACGCGAUCUGGAUCCGAGGAGGAGGGCCGGACUCCAGCAUUUGAAUCAAUGCGGACACCAAUGUCGAAGGCACAGGACAAGAUGGACCUCGAGCCGCCACCACUCGCACUUUCCGUGAGUGUGGUGUGCGUCAAAAAGCUUCAGAAGAUGGAAGCCGAGAAACCUGCAGCAACCGAAGCUGAUGACACGGAUGCGUUCUCAAAUGUAUCCCAGGCUGGGUCGCAGCAAGGCUCCCCCGCCUUGGGUCCGAAGGACUCUGUCGUGUCGCCGAUCGCCUCUUCCAACCCUUCUGGAAAGGUUGCCGACCUCAAUACCCUUGCGAUGGCUGCCAUUGGAGAGCCUCCAGGGAAGCAUCCAAAUACCUCACAGAGGGACCCGUCCACUUUCCUUUCGAGUCAUCCCUCUAUAGGCUUUGCCCACAGGCAAGCACGGCCUGAUCAGGUCGCAGGAGCGAGCGACAGAGGAGAUGAAGUACAAUCGGUCAUUUCCGAGGUGACAACAACGUCGCAUGACAGCAAGCGCAGUAUCUUUGCACCUGCGUCGUCACAGGCAAUUGGUCCUUUAGGCGUCAUUUCGGGCUCUUCGAGGGGGCCACAUCCACUCAGUGGCUUCCGCAAGAUCGAUCACACUCCUACGCAUCACCUUGAGGAGUCGUUUUUGGCACCAGGGGCUGAGACCAGGAUCCUUGUGUCAUACCGGCCAGCCAAAGGCGACAUGGAUGAUGAAGUCACGGCGGGGCGGUUGCGCGAAGUCACUUUUCCAAUUUUUAUCGACUCAGCGAAGGUCCGAGUGGGCGGUCCUCGGUCGAGUGGGCCCAAGACGCGUCGAUCUUUGCUCUGCAAGGCGCGGGCCUGUACGUCUUUCAUCGCCGUUACACCCAGGCUGAUUGACUUUGGCGAGACGAACGUAGGUGCCCGCAAGACUGCCACACUCUCAGUCACCAACCGGUCGGAGCUUACAGCACGUGUCGACGUACGCUUUGUUUCAAAGGUGCUCAGCAUGUACCGCGGUGAGGUGCCAAUUCCUCCACUUCAGACUGUGGAUCUGAAAGUCGACUUCUUUCCGAGGCGUAUCAAUGACUCAUAUCGGAAGCAAAUCACGGUGACCAACCUGUUGAACCGCGACAAUGAUCAGAUCUUCGAUGUUCGAUCCACGAACGUUGACCAACAGCGCGUCACAUUCCAUUCCCUCCUCUACCGUAUCCUGACCGCAACUGGCGCGAAUUUCAUCGACUUUGGAGACGUCAAUAUCAACUCGACAAGAGUGCGAUCUUUCUCGGUGGAAAAUAUUUCUGGAGCCCCAUUGUUGCUUGAACUCACCGCCGCGCAUCCCGAAGACCUCGUGAUCUACGUCAAAGCACCAGAACAGUCCGCAACACAUCACAACGUACCAGCAACAUCUGCAACACUUCCGCCCACACGAUAUGCUGAAGUCGAGUUGUCAGACAAGGUAGCACCAACGACGGUGGAGUCUCAACGGCCCAAACCUACCUCGAAAGGGCCGCAGUUGAAAGAGCGCUUCCUGGAGACUAUCUCGAUGGACUCACCCACCUCAAUCCGCAAGGAGAACGCUUCUUGGAGAUUGGCACAGAAGCAAGCGCAGGCAAAAAAGCGUGUGCGAGAAGAAAGUGUGCCUCGAGACCUCGAUGCGAAGGCGAAGCCAUCGGCAAAAUCAAAGCCGGUUGUGAAUCUGGUCUCGGCGAUGCGCAAAGGCGGUAAAGGCAAGAUCACGCUCAAAUACGGGAAGAGCAUGAUGUUUAAAGACAAGAAGGCUUUGGCCAUCUUCGAGCACCUGGAUCUUGCUUGCGGACCGCCAGUGGAUCCUUAUCGCAUUCCCGCGAAAAGCAAACUUUACCAACAGCUCGACCAGCUUGCCUCGCCCAUUGUGUCAUUCAAAUUGAACACACAUGGCACUCCUUCCGGCGUAGGCCCAGCUUGCGCAGUGAAUCCAGGCAGCAGUGAGAAGGGUCUGAAAGCCCGUCGUGAAGCUGCUGGCGGUGAAAAGGCGGCACAAGUCCAAAUAGCAGCAAGGCAAGCCCGUGCCCCUGCACUAACCGGUCAGCGUUGCGCCACGCGCAAGCUGGCUGACUUUUCUGAUGUCUCCAAGCUCACCUUGGAUGAGCUCAUCACUGCGCUCGAAUCUCAGAACAGUACGCUCCACACUUUCUUUUUGGGCGACCCUGAUGCGGAGGAACGUCAAGUCCGCAGCGAGAUCAACUUGCAACGCCAGCUCUCCUUGGCAAUAUCCGAAAGGCAUCUACUAUCAACGGAGGUUGUCUCGCUGAUGCCAGAGGAGGAAAUACAAAUCAUCGCCUUGUAUACCCCCAAUGGCAGCACACGACCACAUGUACAAGGAAACGCGCGAAAACAAGAUUCUCGCAUAUUUCUUCGCCUCCUCCAGUUUGAUGAAACGCUUGUCCAGAGGUAUCCUGAUCUUGCUCCGAUGGCAAAGGUGGACAAGGAGGAACUGCCCGUCCGAGAUCUCAUUGUCAAAACGAACACCUGUCGCAGCAUCAUGGAGCUUGGUCAACCGCACAUCAAUUUUGGCCAAAUGGACAAAGGCGAAAGCAAGGCCCGAAAGAUCGUAAUCCAGAAUCGAAGCGAAUGGGCCCUUCGAUACUGCAUUCGCAAGAGCGGCAGCAUUGCGAGUGGGGACAUCAAGAUUGCGAUGGGGCGCUACGGAAUCAUUCCUGGAUACGGCAAACGAGAGGUGCAAUUUGUCUUCUCGCCAUCAAUGUCUGGGCAAUUCCAGGAGAAGCUGGUCGUGGAGAAUGUGGCCGACAGAGACAACGACCAGACUUUAAUCUUGAAGGCCAACAUCCGCAAGGUCUCGAACUUUGUGCUGGAGCCUUCUGUGGUGAUGCUUGGAGCAUGCCAGGUUGGUCAGCUCUCAGAACCGUGCAGCUUCACCAUUAGCAAUACCUCCACGAAGACUCGCACUUUCAUGGUGGAUGUUGAUCGCCAAGAACUCCAGCAUCAUCGCUGCAUCGUCGAUAUUGCCAUCGCAUUUGCCGAUGAUGCAGAUACCCGCGGCGCGCUGACACAGGCCGAGGAGGAAGAGGUGGAGCACAUUUCACAAAAGCUCAAGAUUGCGACCCGCAAGGGCCAGGCAGACAAGGUAAAAAAGUACGAAACGAGACUGCUUGAGCUGGGGAUAAGUGUCAGCCCUUCGGGACCUUCGGAUGCAGUCAAAGACCUAGGGACUGGGAGCAAGGCAGAUGCACCACCGGAACGCGGCCCACGGCUGAAGCGGUUUUCCACCGCGGUGACGUUCGCAUUGGAAGCCAGCCAAACUCGGAAGAUGGUUUUACGGCUCCGCUUACGCCGUGUCCAUACCGCUCUCGGCGAAUCGCAUUCACUUGCUGCCGACUUGGAUUCGAUGGAAGAGAUCUCCACCAAGGUGCGCGUGUACGAGGCGAAGAACGCGGACGACACAAAGACUGUUCUCAUCCGCGCGCAAGCCAAGCUCGACCCUGUGGUGAAUGUUAGCUCCGAUCAGGGUGGCGACGAGGAGCUUGCGGACAUGCCAGCGAACGCCUUGGUCUUCAGCACACAUGAGUAAAUGAAGCAUAUCUGCAUUUUGCAUUGUACUAUAUACAGCAUCUUCCAGCACCAUCCUGAAUUCAAGUUGCUUCCAACACG